AUGACCUCAACACUAGUGAAUACUGCUUGUCGACGCGCUCCGUCUUACGUUAAUGCAUUUAAUCGUUCGAUCAUUUAUCGGACUGCAGCGACUGCGCCAUUAGCUUCUGCUCCCGUGACACCUGAAUCCUUAAUCAAGGAACAACGACCGCAGUCGAAGGAAAGCAAAGAACAUCAGCAGACGAAGAAGGAACGACUUUCACCAGCAUCAAGUAAAGAUGAAAAAGUCGAUAAACAACCAAGAACGUCGAACUCGUUCGUACUGAAUCUAUUCCGUGGUCAAUUUCAUCCCAACGAAGUUUUCCCAUAUCCAAAUGUGCUCAAUGAAGAACAACGAGACAAUGUGAAAAUGCUCAUUGAUCCCAUCUGGAAAUUUUUCGAAGAAAAAAAUGAUCCAGCUAAAAACGAUCAACAAGAACAAAUUUCAGAAGAUGUUAUGAACGGUUUAAAGGAGCAAGGCGCAUUCGGUAUUCAAGUACCCGUGGAAUUCGGUGGACUUGGUUUAACAAAUACACAAGCAGCUCGUCUCUUCGAAGUAGUUAGCGCUCAUGAUUUAGCAAUUUCAAUUUGCACCGGUGCACAUCAGUCGAUUGGUUUCAAAGGUAUUCUUCUCUUCGGCACCGACGAACAGAAGCAGAAAUAUCUACCGAAAUUAGCAUCGGGAGAACAGCUUGCUGCCUUCGCUCUCACUGAACCAUCGGCUGGCAGUGACGCAGCUUCAAUUAAAACAAAAGCUGAACUAUCACCUGACGGUAAACAUUAUAUUUUGAACGGUUCAAAGAUCUGGAUAUCGAAUGGUGGUCUCGCCGAAGUAUUCACGGUCUUUGCCCAAACACCCAGCAUCGAUGAGAAAACAGGUCAAGCACGCAAUAAAAUGACCGCGUUUAUCGUCGAAAGAAAAUUCGGUGGACUUACACAUGGCCCACCCGAGAAAAAGAUGGGUAUUAAAGCAUCGAAUACAGCGGAAGUGUAUUUCGAAGAUUGUAAAGUUCCCGUGGAAAAUGUACUCGGUGGUGUCGGUAAUGGAUUUAAAGUAGCCAUGAAUAUUUUAAAUAAUGGUCGAUUUGGCAUGGUUGCUGGUUUAUCUGGAACCAUGAAAAUGGCGAUACGUAAAUCAAUUGACUUCGCUAAAAAUCGUCGUCAAUUCGGUCGCACUAUCGAUACUUACGGCAAUGUCCAAGAGAAACUUGUUCGUAUGGCAAUGCGACAAUAUGUUACUGAAAGUUUGGCAUUUCUCUUAGCACAAAACAUGGACCGAGGAAUUCCUGAAUAUCAGUGCGAAGCAGCUAUUGGAAAAAUUUUCGCAUCUGAAUCAGCAUGGUUUGUGCUCGAUGAAGCUAUUCAAAUUCAUGGUGGUAUGGGCUUUAUGAAAGCUACUGGACUUGAGCGUGUCAUGCGAGAUUUACGCAUCUUCCGUAUCUUCGAAGGUGCAAAUGAUAUUCUUCGUUUAUUCGUUGCACUCACUGGUUUACAAUAUGUUGGUUUACACCUUCGUGAAUUACAAAAAGCAGUAAAAAACUUCAAUUUCAAUGUCAUUAUGGGUGAAAGUUCGAAACGUUUACGACGCGGUAUAGGAAUGUCGGCAGGUCCAAAUAUUAAUGAACAUGUUCAUUCAUCACUGCAAUCAUCGGGUUUACUCUUAUCGAAAUCGGUUGAUCGUUUUGGUGCGAUGAUCGAACAAGUUCUUCUUAAACACGGCAAAACAAUUCGUGAUGAACAGUUCAUUGUCUAUCGUAUCGGAGAUAUUACUAUCGACUUGUAUGCUAUGGCAGCAAGUUUAUCACGUUGCUCACAAUCAUUUCGCAACCAAGUGCCUUCUGCUGUACAUGAAUCGAAUCUAGUUCGAAUUUGGUGCGAAGAAGCUUACGAUCGAAUCAAUAAUAAUAUUAAUCUCAUUCAAAGUUCGGCCUUCCUUCAACGAUCGAGAUUAAUGAGCGAAUUAGCCAAAGAAAUAGUCGACAAAGAAGCAACGAUACCAGUGCAUCCAUUGGGCUUUUAA